AUGGCUGAGCAAUCGCGGGGCAAGAUCCCCAUUCUGCUGCUCAAGACAAAAUCAAUACCCAAGGAUACGUAUGAGGAGCUUUUCCUUACCCUUGACGACGGCCGCUAUGCACCCGUCUUCGUGCCCGUUUUGGAGCACAGGUUCAAGCGAGACGCCCUGCAUGAUGUGCGCCAACAUGUCACCAACCGCGGCUUCGUGCCAAAGUCGCAGCAGGGCCUCGGGACAUAUGGUGCGCUGAUAUUCACCUCGCAACGCGCAGUCGAAGCCUUCAGUGAGGUUGUCGAGGAAAUUCGCAAGGAGGGGUCCCUCGACAUUGACGAUCUGCUUCCACAGAGCCUGCCGUUGUAUGUAGUAGGUCCAGCUACAGCCCGCGGUCUGCGAUCGCUUGAUCUCAAGUGUCCGAUCUUGGGUGAGGAGACUGGCAACGGCGAGGCUUUGGCUGGCUUCAUCUUGAAGCACUACAACGCCCUCCAUCCAGAUGUCAUGAAUCCACCUAUACUCUUCAUGGUCGGCGAUAAGAGGAGGGAUAUAAUACCAAGGACUCUCCAGUCAGAAGAGCUGGAUCCAAAGCAGAGGGCGAAAGUAGAUGAGGUUGUUAUAUACGAGACUGGGGAGAUGCAGUCUUUCAAGGACGACUUCACUACCAUCUGGCGGAGAAAUGCCGAUCAAGGCUCGACACGGCAAUGGGUUGUGGUGUUCUCUCCCAGCGGUUGUCAAGCAAUGCUUGAGAGCCUGGGGCUUCUGGAUGCGGAGACUGGAAAAGCCAAAGCUAGGUGUACGGCUGCUGAUCAGAGAGACAUCCUGAUAGCUACCAUCGGCCCCACUACGCGCGAUUACCUAAGACAGGAAUUUGGAUUCACACCUGAUGUAUGCGCAGACAAGCCAAGUCCAGAGGGUAUCGCAGAAGGCAUUGGAGCCUUUCUCAAAAGCCACGAGUGA